AUGGAUGCUGGUCCGCAAGCCUACGGGGCCGGCAAAGUCGGCGGCGAGUUCAACAUCCAAAACUUUGUCCGCAAGCCGCACGUGUUCGUCAGGCUGUUGUCGUUGUUGUUUGGUUUGAUCGUCUAUUUUUGUGCAUCAUCUGGAUCGUGGACUACAGACGUAAAAACAAACGAAGAAAUAUGCAUGUUCAAGCUUAAGAGUUUUGGAUGUCACAUUGGCGGCGUGGUGGGCUUCACGUCAGUGAUCGGAGCAGCUGUAUUCGUCGGCGGCGAGUAUUAUUUCGAAAACGUGCCGUCGGUAAAAAGUCGUAAACAUUACGUGCUCAUCGACCUUGGAUUCUCGUGUCUAUGGUCGUUUUGGAAUUUUUUACUUUUCAUUUAUUUAGCUGACGCAUGGGGUAAUACACCCGAUUUCCCUGAUUCAAUCAGCACUGCCAAUCCAACCACUGCCAUUUAUUUUGCAUUAUUUGCUACUUUUUCUUGGGGGACUUCUGCAUACUUCUCAUACCAAAGAUAUAAUAUGGGUGUUGAUCCAGCAUUUAUAUCAUCUUUUGAAGCCGAUCAGUUUGGAGCGUACGACGAAACGCAAAAUAACAGUAACAAUGAAUGUCCGUUUAAUAAUCAGAUGUCGGGUGAAUAUCAAACUCAAGCUUACUAA